GGGCAGUGGGCGGCGGGCGGGCGAGCGGGCGGCCGUGAGGUGAGGCGCUGCGCCGGGGGACUCUGCUCUCUGCUUUAACCGCGACGCGCCCGCACCGAGCGGUUGAAAUUCCCUGCGGGGCUCGGUCGGGAUGGAUCCGCUGCGGGCUGCCGCCCUGCUCCUGUGCUCCGUCACCUGCUGCUGGUGGGACUUAGAGUGCGUGGAGCCGGCGGCUCUGUCCCCGGCUGCCGCUGCCGCCGCUGCCGGGACAGUGGGCGGCGGCGCGGCGCUCCGACCGGACGGCACCGUGCGCACCCUGCUGAUCAGAGGGAGCGGCCAGAGGGCUGGCAGAGGGCGGCGAGCCGACACUGUGACCCCUCACCACUUCAUGAUGUCUGUGUACAGGACUUACUCCGCGCCCGGCAAACUUGGGAUAAACGCCAGUCUCUUCCGCGCAGCAAGGUCUGCCAACACGGUCACAAGUUUCGUGGACCGAGCAGAAGACCAACUUUCACAUUCACAUUUAAGAAAGCAAAAUUAUUUGUUUGAUGUAGCGACUUUGUCGGACAAAGAGGAACUAGUAGGGGCUGAGUUGAGGAUCCUAAGAAAAACGCCAGAGGAUUUUCGAAGGACACAGACAGGCCUGUACGACAUUAAACUGUCCUCCUGUUUUACCGAGGGGCACGCAUCCAAAUUGUUGCAGUCGAGAACGCUGGAUAUCUACCACUCAAAGAAACAAGGAUGGGAAGUUUUUGAUGUCUGGGAGGUCUUUAAGAUCCUACAUCCUGCCCAACUCUGUUUUGAAAUUAAGGUGACAUCACGAAAAAGCGAGCUUGAUGUCGAUCCAAGGCAAGUGGGAUUUGGCCGGAAAGGGCGGCAGCCUCAGGAAAGAGCCCUUUUAGUGGUUUUUACCAGAACUCGGAAAAGAGAAAAUCUCUUCAGCGAAAUGAGAGAAAAAAUUAAGUCAUCAGAGGGUUCGGACGAGGAAGGUAAAGUGCAGUUGAAGGGUAGAAGGAAGAGAAGGACUGCCUUUACAAAUCGUCACGGGAAGAGACACGGCAAGAAGUCCAAGUCCCGCUGCAGUAAGAAACCCCUGCAUGUGAACUUCAAGGAACUGGGGUGGGAUGACUGGAUCAUUGCUCCCCUGGACUACGAAGCUUAUCACUGCGAGGGAGUGUGUGACUUCCCUCUGAGGUCUCACUUAGAGCCCACGAACCAUGCCAUUAUCCAAACCCUCAUGAACUCCAUGGACCCGAAUUCCACUCCUCCGAGUUGUUGCGUACCCACCAAGUUGAGCCCUAUCAGCAUUUUGUACAUCGAUGCAGGCAAUAAUGUUGUCUAUAAACAGUACGAGGACAUGGUGGUGGAAUCGUGUGGGUGCAGGUAGCAAAUUGUCCCGAAUUUCUGAGGCAGCGAGAAUACCGAGGACGUCAUGGAGCCGGUCGGCUGGAGGAUGGUGCGCGCUAUUUAACUUAUACUCAAAUAGCGACGGCUCUCACAGCGGGGCCCCGUAAAUAAUCCAUCGAGGCAAGUGAAAGAGAAGGGGAGAGUUACAGACCUAGAACGCUCUCUAUAAUUUACUCAUACACCAGUCAUUUAGUUGCAAUGACACCGAUAUUUUCACACACUACCUACAAUUUACCCGUAAGGCGAUAUCUAACUUAUAUGCACCCAGAUAUUAUCACGAUGCACAAGGUGUCAUAUUACAAGCAAUAAAGACGCUCUCCAUCGGUUUCCGUCCACAGGGACGGGAGAAAACUUGCUUUAAAUUUAAGCAGAGUAGUUACACAUGGAGAUGUUAUUCACCACAUAAUGUUGAUCACAGAAAUCCUUAGGGAGAUGCCAUUCCCUGCACGCAACCAUUUUCAUGGAUUCAAGUGAAAGUUUGCGCUGAGCCGCAGCCACCAUAAUGGGACAUCUCCCGCUUAUUGUACCCGUCAAUGUAUGAACCCCACCCACAUCCCGUCCGGGAAUGGCCACGUCCGGGGAUGAUCACAACACGCCCCACUCCCUCACCACCCACCACCAUUAAAUUAUUACAGUCAAGUCUGGGUCAGUGUGGUGGUGGAAGGGAGAUUCCGUUCACUCCCACCUCCGAUGACUAUCGCAGUGUACACAGGACGGGCACCUGUUCAUACCGAGCCACUGUGGAUGAGGCGAAGGCCUUUGAUGGGCGGGCGCACAGAGAGUGUUGGGUCCGGCGAGCAGGAGGCAAAAGCUGCAGAAAGUCGCCCUUGCCUUUCCCCCACAAUUAUCCGCCGAUCUCCAUUGCCUUUUUUUUAUAUAGAUGAAGGUAAUUUACCAAAUCACCAGUUCCCCGCUCCCUCACCCCUCCCGAUACAAUGAAGAAAGGGAACGGCUCCGCCCCCAAGGUUUUUUGUUUAAAGAGCCAUUCUUUCUGCUUCUGACAUUCCGACAAGAUUACCAGCCCGAAAGAGCCGUCGGCCAAAAAGGAAUUGUAGCAGAUUGUAAUUACAUCUAUGGUGGAAUUUAAGAUGCCUGGUGUGAUUAAAAACCGCGGAAGGGGACCAGAAAAAGACCGAAUCUAGAAAUAACCACAUUGCAUUCGGUGUCCUUGGUAAAGAAAGGGAUCACAAUGCAAUCGGUGGCGUUUCACCAGUUGUAAACAGUACAGUAUUUGCAAAUUUAGGUUGGAAGUAAGCAAACUCUUGUAUAAAUACUUACCUUCCGCCGGGAAAACAUUUAGAGAACGCACCACCUUACAAACUCUAUUGAACCAGGAUAAUAAAAAGUGCACUCUCUCCAUUAGUAACGUUUUGCUCGGCUGAAUCACCACUUGCUUGGUAAUCCCCAAGGGACAACAUUGCAAGCUGUAAAUUGCCUGGAUUGCACGAUCCUACAACUGGGAAGUGGGGAACGACUCGACCCUGGACCAUAUGUAUAAAAAUGCACAUUAGCUUUGAUGCACUGUUGUUCAUAUGCUGUACUGUACAUAAUUACGUAUUUAAACAAGACUUUAAUGUGCAAAAAUGGAAAGUUAACAAUUACACUAAGUAUAUAAGGAAUAAUGUAUAGAUCUUUGUAUGCACUCGGAAUUUUGUGAUAUUUCUAAUAUUUUUAAAAAUAAUAUUUGAGUUGUACAGGGUUUUAAACGACAAUCAAACAAUAUCAGACAUUCCCAAGGUUGUAAUUGUUCUAAAAUAUUAAUAUGUUUACUUUUUGUACCGAGGGUGGAGAAACAUCUUUCAUUAUCUACCUCACACUAUAUCAUAAUGUUCGGAAUUUCAUAGAAAUCUGGCAAAUUCACUCCAAUUUUUUCUGAUAAUCCGGCUCAAGUAGAUUUUUUAUACCAUAGAACCAUAGAACCAUAUUCUCACUAUUGCUGUAUCAUUAAAUGUUUAAUUUGACC